CGAAAACCUGUUUCAACCUUGUCCAGGAGGUUGUGUGUGUGGAGAAUGUCAAACUUGUCCAGGAGGUUGUCUGUGUGGAGAAUGUCAAACUUGUCCAGGAGGUUGUCUGUGUGGAGAAUGUCAAACUUGUCCAGGAGGUUGUGUGUGUGGAGAAUGUCAAACUUGUCCAGGAGGUUGUCUGUGUGGAGAAUGUCAAACUUGUCCAGGAGGUUGUCUGUGUGGAGAAUGUCAAACUUGUCCAGGAGGUUGUCUGUGUGGAGAAUGUCAAACUUGUCCAGGAGGUUGUCUGUGUGGAGAAUGUCAAACUUGUCCAGGAGGUUGUCUGUGUGGAGAAUGUCAAACUUGUCCAGGAGGUUGUGUGUGUGGAGAAUGUCAAACUUGUCCAGGAGGUUGUCUGUGUGGAGAAUGUCAAACUUGUCCAGGAGGUUGUGUGUGUGGAGAAUAUCAAACUUGUCCAGGAGGUUGUGUGUGUGGAGAAUGUCAAACUUGUCCAGGAGGUUGUCUGUGUGGAGAAUGUCAAACUUGUCCAGGAGGUUGUCUGUGUGGAGAAUGUCAAACUUGUCCAGGAGGUUGUGUGUGUGGAGAAUGUCAAACUUGUCCAGGAGGUUGUCUGUGUGGAGAAUGUCAAACUUGUCCAGGAGGUUGUGUGUGUGGAGAAUAUCAAACUUGUCCAGGAGGUUGUGUGUGUGGAGAAUGUCAAACUUGUCCAGGAGAUUGUCUGUGUGGAGAAUGUCAAACUUGCCCAGGAGGUUGUCUGUGUGGAGAAUGUCAAAUUUGUCCAGGAGGUUGUGUGUGUGGAGAAUGUCAAACUUGUCCAGGAGGUUGUGUGUGUGGAGAAUGUCAAACUUGUCCAGGAGGUUGUGUGUGUGGAGAAUGUCAAACUUGUCCAGGAGGUUCUCUGUGUGGAGAAUGUCAAACUUGUCCAGGAGGUUGUGUGUGUGGAGAAUGUCAAACUUGUCCAGGAGGUUGUCUGUCUGGAGAAUGUCAAACUUGUCCAGGAGGUUGUCUGUGCGGAGAAUGUCAAACUUGUCCAGGAGGUUGUGUGUGUGGAGAAUGUCAAACUUGUCCAGGAGGUUGUGUGUGUGCAGAAUGUCAAACUUGUCCAGGAGGUUCUCUGUGUGGAGAAUGUCAAACUUGUCCAGGAGGUUGUCUGUGUGGAGAAUGGGGCCCUAUUGGGGUGGGGGUGGGAAGAACAGAAGUAA